AAGCUUCAGUUUUGUAACAUAGUAGUGAAAUCGUAAAACCAUUUGCAGAAUUGGAGUUGAAAUUUGUUUUGAGAUUUAAGAUAUGAUUUCUAUUAUGGCCGUAAUUAAAUUAUCGUGAUCAUAAAUACCGUUAGAUUUUUAUUUUGGUAUAAUAGAACCACAAAAGGAAAUGAUGUAGACGAGAUUUAAAAGCUAGUUGCUUCUAGCUGGAUUAUCAUAAUCUUACCUAAUUACAAUACUAAUCUUAUUUUGCUGUAGGGGAGGGGCAGUUAGAAUUCCAGCCUGCAGUAUUGGUGCUGAGUGCUGACCCACAAGGCCUGAACUCACUAGGACUAAUAAGUAAUAAUGAAACAGUGUUAGCUGUACAUUCUUUUAGCCACCCAAAAAGAUCCAAAAAUGACCAAAAGAUUAGGUGGUGUAAGUUGACUUAUUAUAUUCAACAGGAUUUAGAUGUUUUAACGUAAUCCUGAAUAUAAAACCAUAUAAUAGUAUAAAAUUAUGUCACACGUUGGAUGUGCUUUACUCAAUUAAUAAUUUGGUCAUUUCAGCUGACGUAUUUAAGCCACUGUCUACUAAUAUUGAACUUUGAACAUUCCCACCGCCAUAUUCACACCCCUUUAAACAAUUAUAAAAGUUAUGCAACUUUGCAUUUCAUACCAGAAAAAUCCAUUUUCCUCCAAACUGGGAAAGUAACAACUUUCGGGUCAGUUAAAGUAGCUCUUUUAUAACCUUUAAUCUGUCAGUUUUGCUUUGCUACAAGCUAAUUAUUGUGAAAAUUUUAGUGUUAGAAUGGUAUUUUUGGUAAUGAUUGAAUGAACAAAAUUUAGGAAUUUUGUUUUUGUUACUGAUGUCAUUGUGAAAAGUAACAUAUUUGGCUGAUUGUAAUAGCAAUAAACGGGAUUAUAAGUGGUCCGAACCCUCCUCCAGUGCAUGCAACCUACAUGUGGCGAUGUGGGUUUACAUGGGAUCUCAUCAGAUUGGGGAUUGAGAUUCUAUUGUGGUUGUAGUAGUAGUUGUUUUCUCUGUUUGUUUCUGGGUAACUGUGUAUGUUUGAUUCAAUUUUUUCUGGGUUUUUCACUUAGUUGAUGGUGUUGCUUCUCACUCCCUCUGUUCCUAAAAGUUCUUCCCGUUUCCCGAAUUGACGUUUCUUUUUGUUCUUCCCAUUCCGAAUCUUUUCCUUUUUUGGCAAAUUUCUUCCUGGAACGAAGGGAGUAGUAAACUAAGAGUUGUUAUUGAAUUAGAAUGGAGGGUAGCAGAGAAUUUGGUGAGCAGAUUGGAACUGAUGAUGUUGUAUUAUCUAUAGUUGCUGCCGGAGUAGCAGCUGAUAUGAAUAAGACAGGUGGGAGUUCUAGCUACAUAAGUAGUAACCAAGAGGGAUUUGGGAUUAAAUCUCCUGAAAUUUCAAAGACAAGUCCCAUGACAACUCCCCGAAAACCUCCCAAAAUCCCGAAUGACCUCAUGAGAAGGCGCAGUUCAUUAGCUAGGUCGAAAACUAAAUCGAGAUUAGUCGAGCCACCAUAUCCUAGUAGUGAUAAUAAUGAUGCUUUUGUUGAUGAAAACACUCAUUUGGUGAUGGGUUCUAAAACACCUCUUAGAACGCCAAAGGCGGCGUCUCCAUUAGUUGGCAACACAAAAUCACCAUUUUCGGUCCUAGGAAAAGACGAGGAGGAGGAUGAGGAUGUAUACAAAUCAUUUAACCUUCAGAAUAAAAAUUCUCGUAGGAGACCGAAGUUCUUUGUUUUGUUGGAAUGGAUAGUGUUCACUAGCUUGAUGGGUUUGUUAAUCACUAGCUUAACCAUCAACCGUUUGAAAGAUACCGCGAUGUGGAGUUUACGCCUUUGGAAAUGGUGUGUUUUUGUCAUAGUUAUAGUUUGUGGUCGAUUGGUAACAGGGUGGCUCAUCACCAUUCUUGUAUACUUGGUUGAAAGAAAACUUUUGCUUAAGAAAAAAGUUCUGUAUUUUGUAUACGGGCUGAAGAAAAGUUUACGAGUUUUCCUUUGGUUGAGUUUUAUUCUUGUAGCAUGGAUUUUGUUGUUUGCACAUGGGAAUAACAGAUCAAGGAAGACCAAAAGAGUAUUACAUUAUAUUACAAUGGCUAUUGCUGGUUUUUUGGUUGGAUCUGGAAUAUGGCUACUGAAAACUGUACUGAUCAAAACUUUAGCUCUGAAUUUCCAUGUUAAGAGAUUCUUUGAUAGAAUUCAGGAGUCUUUAUUUGAUCAGUAUGUUCUUCAGACACUUUCUGGGCCUCCGUUAAUGGAGAUGGCCCAAAGUUUGACCCGAUCAAGAACGAGUGGAAGGUUGAGUUUAGAACGAAUAACGAAAGGUGAUGGGUUGAAAGAAGAAGUUAUUAAUGUAGAGAAACUUCAUAAAAUAGACCAGGGAAAAAUUUCUGCAUGGACUAUGAAAGGGUUGAUUGAUGUUAUAAGGAGAACGAAGCUGUCUACUAUAUCGAAUACGCUUGAUUUUGGUGAAGAUGAUGAGAUGAAUGAGCAGAAUAAAGAGAUUACAAGUGAAUGGGAAGCUAAAGUUUCUGCUAUUGAACUCUUCAAGAAUGUUGCUAAACCUGGUUACAAGUAUAUUGAUGAGGAUGAUCUCUUACGUUUCAUGAAAAUGGAUGAAGUGAACCAAGUAUUUCCUUUGUUUGAGGGAGCUGUUGAAACGGGUAAAAUCAAGAAGACAACUUUGAAGAAGUGGGUGGUUAAUUCUUACCUGGAGCGUAAAUCACUUGCUCAUUCAUUAAAUGAUACAAAAACUGCUGUGGAGGAGUUGAAUAGAAUAGCUUCAGUCGUGGUGUUGAUUAUCAUGGUUAUUGUGUGGAAUCUUAUGAUGGGAUUUUUGAACACCAAAAUACUUGUCUUUAUCACAUCACAAUGUCUACUUGUGGCAUUUGUGUUUGGCAAUUCUGUCAAGAUGGUUUUCGAAGCAAUAAUUUUCGUGUUCAUAAUGCAUCCAUUCGAUGUGGGUGACCGUUGUGUGAUUGAUGGUGUUCAGAUGGUUGUUGAAGAGAUGAACAUCUUGACCACCAUAUUCUUAAGAUAUGAUAAUGAAAAGAUUAUCUAUCCAAAUUCUGUUUUGGCAACCAAGCCUAUCAGCAACUUCUACCGGAGCCCGGAAAUGGGCGACUCAGUUGAAUUCGCCAUCCACUUCUCUACUACGGUAGAUACCAUCGCCGCUCUAAAGACCAGGAUAAAAAUGUAUAUAGAAAGCAAACCUGAACACUGGAGAUCAGGCCACAGUGUACAAUUGAAAGAAAUUCUGGACAUGAACAAGAUUAAGAUGGUUUUAUAUGUCAAUCACACCAUCAACUUCCAAAACAUUGGAGAGAAAGGAAGUAGAAGGUCUGAUCUUGUCCUGGAAAUGAAGAAAAUGUUCGAGGAUCUGCAGAUUAUGUAUCAGCUUUUGCCACAGGAUGUUCAUCUCGUCUCGUACGUUGGAGCCCCGGCGUCUACUCCUUUCGCCAAGUGCUGAAUCACGGCGAGUUAUCUUUGAUCUCUUGUGUACGUCUGGUUUUUCCGGGUGUUCGGGCAAUAUGGCUGAUCAAAACUAUCCGAAAAACCAGAAACCUGAAAUUCAAUCCGGUGUAUGAUCCAAAAAAGUAGGUCGAACCGAUAUGGUUAUCGAUUCGGGUACCAAAUCCGAAAUUCGGGUAUUUGAUAUGGUUAUGGAUAUCGUUUUACGAAGAACGGGUACCCGAUAAACGAUCAGAUAAGCCGUUUGUUUAAGUGUUUCCCAAUUUAAAUAUUUUUUUCCCAAGAGCUCAAAAUGAAAAUCCUAAAUGUUGACAAUCAAUGUAUAAUUUGAGUAAAUUGUAAUUUUACUAGUAAUGUAGUCAAUAUCAUGUGUUAAUGUUGGUAUUUAAUGUUGAAUGUAAUCUAGUUAUAAAGUCUAUUUUUUCCAAUUAAAUUUUCAUAAUUUAAUGUCGGCAGUUUCUAUACACAAUAUGGUCAAUUUUGCUAUGCUCUAUUGAUUUUGUGUUAGCAGAAGCUGUGG